UGUUGCUUCUUCUGUGCUACCUUACUUUUCUGCCUAAAAACGUAAACAUCCAUGACAUGUCAAAGUAACAGACAUGUUGGUCAAACUAAAAAUUAUAAACAAACUCUGACAACUGAACAAUGUGGCACCUAGCAUAUUAAAGUGGCAUUACAGGAAUAAUACAUAUUGUCCCUUUAAAUCUAGUUUAUUUUGGUUUUGUAUUUUUCUAGAGCUAGUCUGCAUUCUUUUUAAAAAAAUAUCGUGGUAUAAUUGUGUUUUUGUGUCAUAUUUUCUCCUGUUUGAGUGAGCAACCUCAUCGGUUCUAGUUGUUAUAUCUCUAUAUCGAGACUCCUCUGCCGGCUGAGUUAGCUUCGUGCUAACUGCACGAUGGACAAUGUCCCCGGUUCGGUCUCUUCUCUGACCCCCCAAGAAGACGAACCAGAGACCGGUGACGGCUCCUCGGUAGAGGACGGACUGGUGGACGCUUUCGGGGACUUGGCCGCCCUCCCGGUGGAAGUCGGAGAGAGGAGACCGACGUGUUUACGGUGCCGCCGCCCUCAGAAGGUGUGUCUCUGUCCCUUUCUCCCAACACAACCCCUGGAGGUGUCCACGUGUCUGUAUGUGGUGCAGCAUCCCGCAGAGGAGAGUCGAGUUCUCCGCACAGUCCCUCUGCUCGCUGCCUGUUUACCACAAGGGAAAUGCAACGUCAUCGUCGGGAGACGGUUUAAUGAGGAAAAGCACCCGGAGCUGGCUGCGGUGUGUCGGGACAGCAGAACAUUGAUCUUAUACCCGGGGCCCAAAUCCCAGAACCUGGAGGAGUUGGUGCAGUACGAGGACGUGAGCGCCGUCAAACAUAACGUGAUCAUCAUCGACGGGACGUGGAGCCAGGCCAAAAACAUGUUCCUUAAAAACAGCCUCUUCCACCUGCCGAAACAGGUGCAGCUCAACAGGACUCUGUCCAGCCAGUAUGUGAUCCGCACACAACCCUCCAACAUCUGUCUGUCCACACUGGAGUGUGCCGCUGUGGCUCUGUCCAUCCUGGAGCAGGACGAGCGCAUCCAGGAGGUCCUGCUGAGGCCCCUCAACGCCCUGUGCUCCUUCCAGCUGCAGCACGGCGCCCAGAUCCAUCACAGCAAAGAGCACCUGCUGAAGAACGGCAUGUACGACAAACCCAUGCCCAAGAACAAGCGCAAGAUCAAGAGGAUGGAGAAGCUCAUCACCGACCACAACAUCUGCCCCAGAUGAGACGGACUGAGAACGGAGGCCGGCCCCCCCUCGUCUCCUCGCAUCACCGCCGUGUAGGACUGCUAUCACACAGCGGCGUGGAACGGAGGACUUCUACAGGACUUUUAUUUUAUUUUAUUUUAUUUGAACACACUUGUAAUUUAUAUAUUUUUCAUUCGUUCAAAGUGAAAUAAAUGACGAGCUAAAAUCUUACUUGAAGCAGCUGUGUCCACAGGAAAUCAGGUUCAUCAGUUUGUUUGAAAGGAGAAAAGCUGUUUACAUAUUUCCACCCUGACUGUGUUGGUUAUUGUGCGGCCCCAUCAGGAAGGGCUGAAUUUCUAAUAAUAACCAUCUUCUUUCACGUUAACAGUGGGGAAACAAAAAGGGGGAAAAUACCAAAGAAACAAAACACGGCACUGAAAAGAGUUGUGAGUUGUUCUACUCUGUGUGAGGUUUCCACUGCUUCAUCCGAGAGUGAUAAUUUAAUACUUUU